AUGCACAACAUACGCCCACCGGGUUUAGGGGCUAAACCACUGCCGACCCAGAAGAAAGCCUUAGAUGACAAGUUCCUCUUUUUUCCCUACCUCCACCAAGACGCCAGACUCUUGAUCUGGGAGGCAGCACUGCGACCGCUGCCGUCGAAAAACUACAAUGCAACGCAUCACUUUCGAGUGCAUGUUUGGGAGGACGAUGUUCCGUCGUUACUCGAGACGAGUGACGUUGACCACAAGAGUCCGCCACUCUUUGGAUCACGAGUGAUAAAGGAGCGGGGCAAUCUGAAGACGCGCGAGCUCAUGGCGAAUUGUCCUGAAGGGCUGAAGUCGGUUGUGCAUUGGGACUACGGCCUCUGGAAUGCCUGUGUUGAAUCUAGAUGGGUCAUUAGCCGACGAUUUCGAAAGAAAUUCUGGGAACAAACGAAGCUGGCCAUUCUGAGAGACUGGCACCCAAUACCGGACACAAUUCUCGAACCGUUCAAUAUGGAGGCAGUGUGGCAGAAACAUAGCAAGCUGAUAGAGAGCGAUUACCUGGAAAUUAACACUAAAUGGUACAAGGACUUUGCAUCGGUAGUCAGGAUAGGCGGCAUGUAUACCAACAUUGUUGCGGUCCACCCGGCGAAAGAUCUCUUCAUCGUGGAGGAUGACCGAUGGAUGGAUGAGGUCGUUUGCCAGUUUACAGACAGAGAACAAGAAUACAACGCGGUUCUGCUCUUUCGAGAAAAUGCCUUCUCCCCGACAAACGACGGCUUCCCUAUCAUGGGAAACAUCGGCUUCGUAUUCAACGAUUCCUGGUCCAAUGGCAUCACGCGACUCGACAACCCGCGGAUCAGUCUGAUAGAGGCAAAGAACGAAGAUAAUCCAAGGGGCCUUUUCCUGCUCCUGCUGCACCUCAUCGUAGUGCGGAGAUUGGGGGGAAUGCGACUUUGGCUUAUCGAUGAAAAAUUCGACCAGUGCCGCACGUGCAAGACGAAGCAAGAAGCAGAAAAAGAGGAGGAGAGGGAAAGGGAUCGAAAAGUGUUCUAUCGCUAUGGAAAGGAGGAUCUGGUAGAGGUUGAUGUCAAGCCGAACGUGGUGUGGGUGACGAUCGAUAAUGCGAGGUGUAUCAUUGCGACUUCGUGCGGAUUUCUCGAAUUCGUCAGCAGAAAUCCCAUUGCUUUCGCUUCUACGUUCAACCCAGAUCCUAGAGCCAAACCCUUCGAUUUUUGGUCCUGUGUUGGUGUUCUUGCGCCGAGGUCGAGGACUCCUUAUUGA